CAGCAUUGAUACGCGAAACGCGCGUCAAGUACCUGUUCGAAACGGUUACACACCCAGCCUGUCCGUCGCUGUUUCGUUUCGCUGCCUUCCGAUCAAGAACUUCGUCGACGACCGCACGGUGCAGAUUGGUUGUGCCCGGCAAAUACCGCUCGCGUACGGCGAUCUGUCACGAUCACGAGGACGCCUGAACCGUUCAUCGGGUUUCGCCUGUCGCUCUUUUGGGCUCCCCACCGGAUCAACGGCAAACAGUGCCACCUCUAGCGUUCGAUGCCUGUUACUCGUCGCGUUAGUUUUUAGAUGACUUUCGAAGCACACGUUUCUUCCCUCCCGAAACGAGCUUCUCGCGCAUGGUGAGGUUGCAUUAGGUGUUGGAGCAGUUUUUGAUUAGUUGCAUUUCGUUUCUGGCCGCGAAUGGUAGUUUUUGGCCGAAGUGGAUCUUGAUCCUCGUACCGUUUGACGUGCACAACGCGUACAUGACCUGUGUUGUGCGUGCAGUGCUGUGCUUAGAGUCUACGAGGACACACUCAUCUGGUAACGCUAGCGUGGAACAUGCUACGGACAGUAAUGGUUGGCACGCGAUGGUUCGCUCAUCUGUUAAUCGUGUUUUUACUCACGAUCGGUCCUGUGCUCGGAAACCAACCUUCCACCGCAUCGAUCGUCUUCGAAAGUCUGUUCGAUGAGCUGAGCUUACUGAUGCGCACGGGCCCUAAUGCAUCCGUGCCGAUACCGGAGACGAAGCGAAUUCGAAAGGAGUACGACUUUGUCGUCAUUGGCGCUGGUUCGGGCGGAUCCGUCAUGGCCAACCGUUUGAGCGAAGUUCCCGAAUGGAGCGUACUGCUGCUGGAGGUAGGCAAGGAGGAAAACAUUGUGUCGAACUUGCCACUAACGGCGGGACUGACAACGGCUACAGGGUACAGCUGGGGAUACCGGUCAGAUCCCAUGCGUCAUGCGUGCAAGGGUCUUGAGCAAGGUGUUUGUUAUUGGCCGAAAGGACGCGGUUUGGGUGGUACGAGUCUGAUCAACUUCUUGCUGUACGGUCGCGGUCAUCAACGUGACUAUGAUGAAUGGGAACAAGCGGGAAACUAUGGCUGGGGAUAUCGUAACGUCCGGAAGUACUUCGAGAAGGCGGAAAAAAUCAAAGGAAAGCGUGACAACCCUUACGGCUAUCUGCACAUAGAGGAGAGUUCAUUUGAAACUCCGAUGUUGAAGCGAUACAUCGAAGCCGGUAAAAGCUUCGGCUACCGACGUAUCGAUCCCAACGAUCCAGUACAGCUUGGAUUCUACAAAGCACAGGCCACCAUGGUUAAUGGCGAACGUUGCAGUGCGGCCCGUGCGUACCUGAAACCGGUCGCCUAUCGAUCCAAUCUGGACAUCUCGACACACUCGUGGGCUACCAGAAUAUUGAUCGAUCCCGUCACGAAGACCGCUUUUGGGGUGGAGUUUACCAAGAACAAGCGUACCUACACUGUGCGUGUACGGAAGGAAGUAAUUCUGGCGGCUGGUGCAAUAGCCUCUCCCCAGUUGCUGAUGCUGUCCGGUGUGGGACCUCGUGAACAUCUGCAGCAAUUCGACAUACCGGUAAUCAAGGAUCUGCGUGUGGGCUAUAACCUGCAGGACCACCAAACGCUCUCAGGUUUGGUGUUCACUGUUAAUCAGCCCGUAACCAUUCGGGAGCAAGACAUGCGCCGACCAGUUAACGUGCUUAGCUAUCUGCUAGGACGUACUGGUCCCUUCACCGUGCCCGGUGGCGCAGAAGGCAUCGCCUUCGUGAAGACGAAUAACUCUCGCUCGCCGGCAGACUAUCCAGAUGUGGAGCUAGUGCUUGGAACGGGUGCAGUCAACAACGAUGAAUCAGGCGCACUACGCUACACAUUCGGCAUGACGCGAGAAUUCUACGAACGAUCGUUCGGUUCGGCCCGUGGUCAGCAUGCAUUCGGCAUUGCACCUGUACUGAUGCGUCCGAAAAGUCGUGGCCGGAUAUCGCUGAAGAGCCGCAAUCCGUACCGAUGGCCACACAUGGAAGGUAACUUUUACGAACAUCCCGACGAUCUGGCCACGAUGGUAGAGGGUAUCAAGAUGGCGGUACGUAUCGGUGAGUCCGACAGCUUUGCCUCGUACGGUGCGAAGCUGCUCCGUACACCCUUCUAUGGCUGUGAGAAGCAUCGUUUCCAAUCAGACGACUAUUGGCGCUGUUGCUUGCGGCAGGUUGGUGCCAGCAUUCAGCACCAGUCGGGAACGUGCAAGAUGGGCCCGGCAAGCGAUCCGGAUGCGGUUGUCGAUCCAGAACUGCGAGUGCACGGCGUGAAUGGAUUGCGCGUGGUGGAUGCUUCCAUCUUCCCGAUCAUACCGUCCGCACAUACGAAUGGUGUUGUUAUAAUGGUCGGGGAAAAGGCGGCCGAUAUGGUGAAAGAUUACUGGAACAAUCAAAUUCACUAAACAGAAGAAAAGCUCGACGUUUUAAACACGUCCAAUUAACUAGUCAUACUGGGUACAGAUUAAUAUGUAAGUAAAAAAAAUAGUAUCGAAUGUAGAAUAUAUUACCUGAUUCAAUUAAAAAUAAACGUUUAUUA